AACAUGGACGAAAAUAUCAUCAACAACAUUCACGCGAUUGCUACCCAUGACUGGGCCAAGCGCUUUCUUUGUGAAUACGGCAAUGCAGGCGUUGAGAGACUAGCAUCAAGCUAUCGCGAUGGCCAGCAUUGCACAUGGCAAUCGAAACAUAACGGCUCAUUCAACUCUUGCCACAAAGUUCUGUUCGAGGACGGUACAGCAUGGGCGGUGAGAUAUCCCAUACCCGGCCGUGUUAUGCAUUCAGAUGAGAAGAUUCGCCGUGAAGCGGCAGUAAUGAUGUCUGUGAAAAAACGUACUCAGAUACCGGUUCCAAAGGUCAUAGCCCUUGGUGCUGCUGCAGACAACCACGAUCCCUUGAUAGGCCCGUUUUUGAUCACCGAGUGGGUUGAGGGCAAACCGCUUGCGAUCGUCCUUGAAGAAUUGCCUCGGCCUAGUUGGGGACCUGUACUUCGUCAAGACGUCGAAGAAGAUCAGCUGCGCAAGGUCUACGGACAGAUGGCAAGAAUCCUUCUGGAACUUGCAGCACACGAUUUCGAUGAGAUCGGUGCUCUUGUGAUGACCGAGGGAGAAUCAGAGUCAGAUCGUUGGUCAAUAGUGGCCAGGCCAAUGACACUCAAGGUGAACGAGAUAGAAGCAGGCGGUAAUGUUAUCGCUGACGACCAUGACCUCCCCGCUUUCAAAUCGACAACCGAGUAUAUGCAGAAUCUUGUUCAACAGAAUAUCACGCAUCUGCAUGAACAAGGAAACUCGAUUGACGAUGCUUCAGAUGCCCGACAAAAGAAGUAUGACUCUGGUCCCUUCAAAUUGGUCUGUGAUGACUUCAGAUUCGGCAACGUCUUGGUGGACGAAACCAGUCUCCAGGUCACUGGUAUCAUCGAUUGGGAGUGGACUUAUACUGCACCCUACCAAUCCUUGUUCUGCCCCCCUCCAUGGUUAAUCCUCGAGCGACCUACUUCUUGGACGAAAAAUGGGGAAGAACGCUGCAAACAAAAGCUUUCCGUCUUUCUGCAAUGCUUAGAAGAAGAGGAGAAGAGAUUGAUUCGGUCGGCAUACGAUGAUCCACCAGACAGGUGCAUGUCGAGUCUCAUGCGCGAUAGUUUUGAAGACGGGACAUUCCGGUUCAUGCAACUCCUACAAGAAGCUUUCAAUUUUGACGAGGAGAUCUUAUGGCGGAACCUGGAGAAAGCACUCCGGCGGAGGGGUUUGCUAGAAGUGGGUGUUCCUAGUAAGAAGGAAGUCGAAAGUUUUGUGCGAGCAAAAGUAGCACAACUGGACCAGUACAAUCAGCGGCUGCAGGCUAAAGAGAGCAACGAUGGUCAAGAGGUGCAAGUGUAAAUGAUCAUGAGAUCUUCCUGGAGAGGCCAAUAGAGUAGUCAGUUUGGAGUCUGGCGUCGCAUAAUUUCCAAGAU